AUGGCAAAGACCUCUGCGCUCUUCAAGGAGCCAGUGUUGAUAUUUCCAAUGCAUUUUUUCUUCUUUAGGACUGAAGAUCCUCAAUCCCCCACCGUUCCUUUCAUGUCCCUCUCCAGUGACGGCACCAUCAACCAAUGGAAACCAAUCAGGAUAGUGAGCACUUGCAGCUUGGAUAUCUACAAGUUUCCAUUUGACACCCAGAAGUGCAAUCUGACCUUUGGUCCCUAUGUGCAUACAGUUCAGGACAUAGUGGUGGUGCCCAAGUCCAACUCCUCUGCAGUUACACAAGCUUCCCAGGAGAAUUAUGCGAAAAGUGAAUGGCUCCUCGGGAAAGUGGAUGUUCUGAGCAAUAACGUAUCCACUGAGGAGAAAGAAUGGAGUCAAGUCACAUAUCAGAUAACCAUACGGAGGGUACCAAUCCUCUAUGUCAUCAAUCUCAUAGUCCCUGCUGGUUUCCUGGUGCUUGUGGAUGUUGCCAGCAUGUUCAUACCGAUGGAAGGAGGCGAGCGGCUGGGGUUUAAAAUAACAGUUGUUCUGGGAUUCUCUGUGCUCUUGUUGAUAUUGAACGAUUUGCUUCCCAAUUCAGAAGUCACGCCAAUCUUGGGUGUUUUCUGUGCUGUGUGCCUGGUGAUCAUGAUAAUCAGCAUUGUUGAUUCCAUCUUUAUCUCCUACAUGCUGCAUCUCUCAGCAGUGCGACCGGAUGUGCCCCAGUGGCUGAAGAUCUGGGUACUGAAGCAUUUGGCUUUCAUACUUCGCAUUGACACAGGAGAAGUUAGUGAAAGCAAUGUUGCGGGAGUCAGGAACACAAACAAAGCUACUUCUGUGGUGGAAAAAGAAGCAGACAUACAAACCAGGAGGUGCUUACAAAAAGAACAUGACAGUGCGGAAAUUAAACUGCUGAAGAAGGUGCUCCUGGAGCUCUUAAUGAUCCGUCGUCACAUGAUCAUGAGUAAGAGAGAAGAGGAGGCCAAAUCAGAGUGGAAUAUGGUGGCCUUUGUCCUUGACAGAUUCAUCCUGAUUUGCUACCUCCUAACAGUAUUCAUUAUUUUGAUAACAGUUGUGGUAGUUUGGGCUUUCUAA